GAAUUUGUUAUUUAAAUGACCUAAAUUGAUAAAGCAGGCAAGGGAAAUUCUUGAGGCUGUGUUCUUUCAGUGAGCAGAUGAUUUAUGUUUGGGAGGUGAAGAAAUGUAAUCAAGAAGUGGCUCCAGCAUCCUGGGGACGGCCCAAUAGAAGUCAAAGGCUCAUUACCCUGCCCAGGCUUAAAAGGACCCUCUUCCAAAAGUGGCGUAAACAUUGGCCAGGGCGUGACUCUGCUAGGAGGCUUUAUGUGAACAUCAUGGCAUCUCCUGGGUAUCCGUAUCCAAGAUCUCUAAACAGCAUCUGUAGCCUACCUGUUGAUGUUCACCCACAUUCAUGCAAUUCCAGACUGCGCCACAGAGAAAUGAGGCAGGAGUCUAGGAAUGGGUACAUGGACUCCUCUGACAGAAGUUUCUGUGAUAUCGCUGACACCUUGGAUGAGGACUCCUGUGAAGGUGAUUUUGGGAUUCCCGAUGUGAAGCUAAUUGAAAAGAUUGUAAGCCAAGUAGAGUUUUACCUGUCGGAUGAGAAUUUGUCUCGCGAUGCCUUUCUGCUCAAACAUGUACAGAAAAACAAGUUUGGUUUUGUCAGCAUUAAAUUGCUUACUUCUUUCAAAAAGAUGAAGUCCCUUACUAGAGACUGGAGACAAACUUUGCAUGCGCUCCAGUUUUCAGACAACCUAGAGGUUAAUGAAGAGGAAACCAAAGUGAGGCGUAAAACUCCAGUUCCAAAUUCUUUGCUUGGACUUCCUCCCACAAAACUACUGUUGGCCUGGAAUCUAGAUUGUACAGAUAAGGCCAGUCUUGUAAAACCCCAGAGGAACUUCCUGGAAACGGUCACUUCUCUGUUUGCUUCUUUUGGAAUUCUCACUUCUGUACGCAUCUUAAAACCUGGAAAAGAAGUACCAAGUGAUGUAAAAAAAAUUUUGGCUAGAUAUCCUGAGCUGGCUACAAAAAAUUGUGCACUUGUAGAAUAUGAGAACUUGGAAGGAGCUCGAAAGGCGCUAGAGACAUUUAGUGUCAAGCAAAGUGGCACCAAUGGCGACAGUGGUGUCAGAGUUGUACCGGUAAGUGGAAGAGGUACACGCAAGAAAAGUGGCAUGGAGUCUGAUGAAACUGAAAAUUGUGAUUUACCAGAUAAGUUGGCUAAGCAACAUGGUAAACUUCCAGUAAAGCUGCAAUACACAGUGGAGGAUGCUUCUUGUUAUAGCUCAUCAGAAUCUGACAGUACUCCAGCCUCUCCAGUUUUGGGACCUCGUUUUCCUUGUGCUAUGAGUUUUGCAAGCCCAGACAUUUCAUUCAAGCCAAGUUCUUUCAGCAGCCCUCGCUCUAGUCCAUUAUUGGCACGCAAGUGCUUCUCUCAACCUUAUCAGAGCCUUUCACCUUUGGCUACAGAUCAUGGGAAUAGAGUAUUUUCUAGUUCUGGGACAAGCCCAGAAAUGUUUCGGAGACAUCCAGAGCAUUCAAAUGACAGUGGGAUUUGUUCAAGUUCUUGGGUGCAAAGACGAAAAGCUGCUGCUCACAAUCUGUGUUUGGAGAACAAGUCUGUGCCUUGUAGCCCUCUAUCACUGAAGAAGGCCUCAGUCACUCAUGGGCUUCCCAGUGGGAUACUUCGGCUUCCACAUGGGCCAGAUGGGAGCAGAGGCUUUCACAAUAGCAUUGGUAGAGGGAAACUCGUCCUAAGGCACUAAGAAUUAAAUCUCUUUCCUUGACUGGCCUAUCACUGUUUACUGCAGUUUCUUUCUUUGGACUUGGGAGUUAAAAAUCAACUUUCGAUGGGAUGCACUUUCAACUCUGUAAAUCCUUUUUUUUAUUUGUUGGUUUGAAUGUCCUCUUUACAUGUACAGUAUGUAAAGCAUGCCUCUGUAAAAGUACUCGUGAAAACAUGUAAAUUUAAAAUCCAUGGCGUUUAAAAAAAAACGACUUUUGGCAAAUGGUUAUGGCAAGUAAAGGUUUCAGAAUUUACUUGUAAAUGAUUGGGCAGUUGUGUCAUAAAAAUGAAAGACUUUCCAAUUUGUAAACUAUUUUUGAAAUGUGUGGCACUUUCCUAAUAUAUAAUCAAAUAUUUCCAGACAGUUAUUUUAGCAAAUGGGCAAAGGUUUCCAUAAUUGUUAUGAGCUAUGGAUGCAAAAUAAAAUGUGUAACUUUG